CGAUGCGUUUAGAGUAUCGCGCGCACUCCCACCGGGACGACCAUAGUCGCUGUGCACACGGGCCGAGAAUUUAUUUUUAUUGCAUAUCCUCAACGUUUCCUUGCAAGACGUCCCGUACGCGUCACACAACGGUAUACUAUUAUUAUGUCACGGUACACUCGCGCCUGAUCGCCACUGCACCACCGGGAAUAACAUUUACGUCAUUGUUAAAAAUUAAUUAAUUUUGUUCUACGGUUUUUUUUUCUUUUGCGUUUAAUCUAUUACCGCGGGACGCCGGUCGUCCAAUUAACGUCCACGUACCAUACGCAAGAUAAUACACGAUAUUUUAUAUUCAACACGCUUGCUGUUGCAGACCAACGAAUAUUAAUUCCGCGUUAAAAUUAUCACGUUAAACGCGAGCUCGCGGUCCGAAUACACAUCACCCGAUCGUACAUAUCGCGAACGCACGUUGACGGACACGUAUAGGACGGCGGUGGGCCCGGAAGGCAUCACGGUGGUGUCGACGGAAGAAGACGGACGGACGGUGGCCGGCGCCGGCUACUGGACGGGGGGCGCGACCGGCGGCGACGCUGACGCCGCGGUCGCGGCACCGUGGCAGUCAACGUUAGGCACGCUGGGCGGCGGUGGUGGCGGUGGCAGCGGCGUCGUUGUCGGCAAUGUCGGUAACGGUGGCGGUGGCGGCGUCGUCGGCGGUAACGGCGUCGUCGGUGGCGGCGGUGGCGGUGAACUGGACCCCGUGGCCGCGUGGGGCCGAAAGCUGUACGCCACACCGGGCAACCAUCACCGGAACGCCACCGCGGCCGGCCUCAUGUUUGGCCUGCACCACCACCAUCACCAGGAUACCACGACACCCGGUGGUAUAUCUGGACUGCACCAUCAUCAUCACCAUCACCACCAUCACCAGCUCCGGGGCCCUGUCACAGGGCUCAAAGAAGAACCUUUGGCCAACUCGCAGCUGUCCGUUCCUCGUUCAUGGAUGCAACCUUCUAUCAUCGAUCAGAGCAGUAUCGGCGUGGGAAGGGCACAUUUCGAAAAGCAACCACCGAGCAAUCUGAGAAAAUCCAAUUUCUUUCAUUUUGUGAUCGCACUGUACGACAGGUCUCAGCAGCCAAUUGAAAUCGAACGGACCGCGUUCAUCGGAUUCAUCGAAAAGGAUCAGGAAUCCGAGUCACAGAAGACCAACAACGGUAUUCAGUAUAGACUGCAGCUGUUGUAUGCUAACGGUGUGCGACAAGAACAAGACAUAUACGUGAGGCUCAUCGAUACCGUUACGAAACAGGCCAUCAUUUACGAGGGUCAAGACAAGAAUCCAGAGAUGUGCCGGGUGUUGCUCACGCACGAAGUCAUGUGCAGUCGUUGCUGUGAUAAGAAAAGUUGCGGUAACAGAAACGAAACACCAUCCGAUCCGGUCAUCAUCGACAGAUUUUUCUUGAAGUUUUUCUUGAAAUGCAAUCAAAAUUGUUUGAAAAACGCAGGCAAUCCCAGGGACAUGCGAAGGUUUCAAGUGGUCAUUUCGACACAAGUUACGGUUGAAGGUCCCCUGUUGGCCGUAUCGGAUAACAUGUUCGUACACAACAAUUCAAAACACGGACGCCGAGCAAAACGUUUAGACCCAAAUGACGGCAUGUUUUCUCCACUGCCCGUGGCGACACCGUGUAUAAAACACAUUACACCGAGCGAAGGAUGGACCCACGGCGGAGCUUCGGUCACUAUAUUGGGUGAUAAUUUUUUCGACGGGUUGCAAGUGGUUUUCGGCAGCAAUCUAGUUUGGAGCGAACUAUUGACUCCACACGCCAUACAAGUGCAAACACCACCCAGGCCCAUACCUGGCAUCGUGGAGGUAACGUUGUCGUAUAAAUCCAAACAGUUUUGCAAAGGAUCUCCCGGCAGAUUCGCUUACAUAUCACUCAGCGAACCGACCAUCGAUUACGGUUUCCAAAGACUACAAAAAUUCGUACCCAGAUAUCCAGGAGAUCCCGAAAAGCUACCAAAGGAAGUGAUCCUGAAGCGGGCCGCGGAUUUGGCGGAAGCACUGUAUACGAUGCCCCGAAACAAUCAGCUGUCACUGUCGCUGCCCAGGUCACCGUGCUCGCGGGACAGGGAUGGAAACAACAUGUCGACGACGGCGGGGGCCGUGGGCACCGGGUUCAACCCGUACACCGGACAGUUAGCGGUGACGGUUCAUGACCACGGUGCAAGUGGUCAAUGGAACGACGACGAUUACGGACGCGGUCAGAGCAGCAGCGUGUCGCCCCGAGGCGGUGGUUACGGGUCCAGCGCAUCGACACCGCACUCGACCAACGGCACGAACGGAAGCACGUACAUAAAUCCGCCGCCGACCAGUGGAGGAGGCGGUGGCGGAGGUGGCGGUGGUGGCGGAAGUGGAGGUGGUGGCGGAGGCGGCGGAAACCCGUCCAAUUCCGGUCCCAACAACGGUAACGGGGGAAAUUCCAGUUACAACGGUUCCGCCAUGCCCAACACCACGUCGGCUGCGUCGUCUGUUCAGCUGACCAAUAUGAACUCGCCCACGGCCACCUCGCACCCGUCGCUAUUCAACUCUUCCUCGAGAAUGGGCACUUUGGUUACAUCUCCGUUCGCAAUGAAUCCGUUUGCUCUACCUAACUGCAACGGACAGCCGUACGCCACAAGCCCGUUAAUCAGCUCGUCAGCGAAAUAAAUAUAAAAUACACAAUGCGCCUUUAAAGUAGUGUCGAUUAUGUUUUCUAGUAGUUGUCAAACUUAAUCGAUUGUAUACACCGAUUCGGGAACACGACACUUCCGCAUAAUAUGUUUACAAUACGCAUUGUUAUUAUUAAAAUCAUUUAAUCAUUAUUUAUUAUUAUUAUUAUCAUUACUAUUAUUGUUAUUAUAAUUAUUAUUAUUACAGUCCGGAUUUUUAUUCUGCGAGUACACUUAAAAUAAUGUGUAUGUAUAAUAUUAACUAUUAUACAAUACUAAAUCUCAACAAACAGAUCAAUUAAAUGUAACGCAUCUAAAGAUAUCGCCGAUGAAUGUAAAUUCUUCAUUGUUUAAACUCGAAAACGACUUUCAUACUAUUUAUUUAUUUUUUAAGAGUAGGUAUAAUGAUGUAACUACUGUUAAAUAUAUUAUUGCAUUUUCACAUUCUAGUACCUAUGAAUAAACAUGAUUAAAUCACUAUCGACCUUUUAAAUAAAAUUAUCGGAUCAGUGCGUUGUAAUUAAAAUAAUUAUUAAUCUCAGGUUCAAAAAAUACUCAGUUACCGAUCCUAUUUACAUAAUUAUAUAGGUAUUCUUAAAGACCACGAAGAUGUAAUACAUUAUACAUAACAUUUUUAUUCAUAAAUACUAGUUAUAAAUAAUGGUCCGUGUUUUUAAUUUUUACUACGAGACCAUAACAGAAAAAUGGAAAAACGUCUAUGCAACUUCUUCAUAUAGAAAUUAUUUACACAAAACCACAGAUGGAACAUUUAUUAUCACUAUUUAAAAGAAUUUUUUAUGAACUCUGUAAUGAGAAAAAAAAAUGUAUUAUAAUACGAUUUUCUACACAAUGUAUUUUAUAAUAUCAUGAUAAAAUAACAUGAUUUGAUGGCACAAACUGACAUAUCGGUCUUGCGUUUUAUACUUGUAUCCAGUUCGCCUCAUAAUACACUAUAACAUAUAAUAUAUAUAUUAAUCAUGAUAACCAAGAGGUGGAUUGAGAGUAUGCCUAUCAUUAAAUUGUCAUCAUACCAUGUUAUUUUAUCAAGCUAUUAUAUAAUAUUAUGAAGUGUGAACAGUUGUAUACACUUAUAAAUUUUAAUAAGUAAAACCAUAAAAAAUCCGGACAAUAAUUUAUUAUUAUAGUCGGCAUUAUAAUAAUUGUUGUCACAUCAAAUAAUGGCGUAGGACAUUUUUGAUUCUGUCUUACUGACCAACAUAUUUUUAUGAAAUAAAUAAAAAUAAUAAUAACAAUUUAAAUAUUAAA